AUGACGCAGAUCAUCGACGGCAAGGCCAUCGCUGCCGGCGUCCGCCGCGACGUCGCCGCCGAUGUGGCCGCGCUCUCCUCGGCCCAGACUCGUUCCGAGGCUGGCCGUGGCCAUCGUGGGGAGCCGGAAAGACUCGCAGACGUCCGUGAACACGAAGCGCAAGGCGUCUGCCGAGGUCGGCAUCUGCUCAUCGACGGCGACCUCCAUGAGGACAUCUCCAAGCCCGCGCUCGUCGCCGAGGUUCAUCGCCUCAAUGCUGACCCCGUCGUGCACGGUACCGCCUCCAUUUUUUCCAUUCUCCUUCGUUGCUCGUGGUCUCUGGUUGUCAGGCUGCCAACAUGCUACUCUGAUUGUGUUGCGAAUGUAGUAAUCUCCCUGCUUGCCUGGUAA